AUGUCUAGACCCAGUAAUUUCCAAAACUUGACCGACAUUUGCAAAGGUCCAUUCUACCCAGGUAAAACUAUUAUUGAAAUGAUGUCAUCAACAUAUUGUCGACCAACUUCGACCUCAUCACUACAACAUUUUGGUGAUAUGAUUGGUAAUGCAAGUCGUGGUGAAUGGGGUCAAUUCGAAGCCGUAAAGAGUGAAUCGACUGUUACUGCAGUAAAGAAACCGGCCGCUGCUGCAGCUGUAAAAGGUGCAUUCAAUCAACUUGGUCAAUCAGCUGUAUUAUCAGCACCAGGUAGUUCGGCAUUACAAUUAUUAGCCAACUUUACCAAACACCGUGAAAUGUUUGGUACUGGUAACUAUGAAAUUGAAUAA